GAACCGUCAGAAUAAGAGAAGCGGAGAUCGGAGUGUACGGUAAUACUGGCACUGACAGCCCGAAUUCAAUGAACAGCUCCCCUGGUUCCUCUUGGAAUAUUUGUUGCACAUUUAUGGCGAUUCGGCGCAUAAGCUCAGAAUACUGCCAGGCUCAGCACAGCUUUGGUGCAGACAAGUGAGCAGAGAGGCCUCUUGGUGACCCCCCCUGAGCCCAUCAAUCCAUGUCGUGCACUCGCUCUCGCCAGCCGUAGAAAAGCAUAUGGGAGUUCUAACUUAUUAUUUCACCUCACAACCGCAGAUUUUUCACAAUUUUUUAUUUUUUCCUUUUGUGAAGGGAAGAAUUGUACGGGGGAAAUCUCCAUUAAUGAGUGCCUCAUCGCCGUAGAGACCAUUGGUCACUAUAUAUGCGCAUUUUUAAAGUUUUUUCUUUUUUCCCUCCUAGAAGUAAUGUGAGGGAUAUCUCUUGGAUGCUUCCCUGCAUCCCUCAAAAACUGCUCACAAAACUAACAUCUCUCAAUUGGGACUUUGCAAUAACAGAAUAAUCCUUUUUUCACCUGCAAAUAUAUAUAUAAUAUAUAUUUUUUUCUUUGUAGAAUUUUUUUAAUAUUUUCUGCUGUGUAUUUUUUUCAGGAUUUUUUUUUUUUUUUUAAAUAAAUAAACCUUAUUUUUUUAAAGUUAUCACAAUGAACCGUCCUGCUCCAGUGGAAAUAUCUUAUGAGUGUAUGCGUUUUCUAAUUACUCACAAUCCAACAAAUGCCACCCUCAACAAAUUCACAGAGGAGCUUAAGAAAUAUGGGGUCACCACUGUAGUGAGGGUCUGUGAAGCUACCUAUGAUAAGGCUCCGGUAGAAAAGGAAGGCAUCCAAGUGUUUGACUGGCCAUUUGAUGAUGGAGCUUCACCCCCUACGCAAGUAGUUGACGAUUGGCUGAAUCUAUUAAAAAAUAAAUUUCGAGAAGAACCACGUUCCUGCAUUGCUGUCCACUGUGUGGCAGGAUUGGGGAGGGCCCCUGUGCUGGUUGCUCUAGCACUGAUUGAAUGCGGGAUGAAGUACGAGGACGCUGUGCAGUUUAUCAGGGAAAAGCGGAGAGGUGCAUUUAAUGCCAAACAGCUGCUGUACCUGGAGAAGUACAAGCCCAAGAUGCGCCUGCGAUUCAAGGAUAACAACGGACACUGCUGUAUGCAAUAAUGUGGAAUUGAACACAGCGGUUUGAACCAGGCCUUUGUGACCGUGGGCAAUGGGUCAAGAUGAGAUGUAUGAUCCUACAACAGAAGACUGGUCUCUCACCUCCGUCCUUUCAAAAGCAACUGUAAUAGGUGCCACGAUCACCAAAUAAAAUGCAACUCUAGUUUGUUUUCCUCCUACUUCAUUUGGUAAAUAGACAGAUUAAAGAAUUGCUACAUCCAUAUGUAACUUACCUUUUGACAUCAGCUUCCAGGAGAGAAUUAACGAGCUUAGGUUUAUCAAAUGUAUCUCUGCUCAAGUAUUGAAUAUUACAUUGGACUGCAGAGAGCAUCUAUGAAGAGUUGGAGUGGAGAGCACGUACACAAAUCCCUAUAUUAAAGUGCAGUAAGAUACUGGGGCAGUUGUUUGGACCAAAUGAAUGUGAAGUUGACAAUAUUUGUGUUUUUUAAAUCCCUUCAGCUCAGGGGUAGGAGGAUGAGCAGUAUAUGUAGGUGACCUUUAUUUUUCCUAAUUUCAUGCAGACUCCAAAGUAUCUACUCUUUCUCUCUAGCAAAUGAUCCAAAGUGAGGUCUGCAGGACAUGUUGUGUGACUGAACAUCUGUACUGCUCAGGGCCCAUCACAUCUCUUUGCUGCCAUAGCCAGUUGUAACGACGCUUUGUUUGAACACUGCCUUUUAGCCUUAAGCCAAAAUCCCUCUUUGUGUUUUCGGUGGCAGCUAACAAUCCAAAAAAAACACUUUAAAACAAAAUGAAAUCUUCUAAUCUCCCCUCAUUCUGUCCAAAACAAGACUCUUUCUGGUAUAACUGCCAUAGAAUACAAGGCUGAUGCCAAAACAUAGAUAUGUAUGCGAUUUAAAACCCGCAGCCGUAUUUUGCACUGCAUCUGUUAAACUGCUGCUUUAUUCCAGCAGCAUUAGGUGCUGCUUUCAUUAGGCUUUUCUAUUACGUGCAGUUUUGUUUUCCUUUCCCCCUCCUCCAUCUCUUAUGAAUUUCUAGCUGCAGUAUCACAGAAAGUGUACUCUGUAACCUGCCUUGCAAGGUGUAUUGCUUGCUGUUGGGCAACAGAGGUUACCAAUUUUAAAUCCUAGGUAAUAUUUAAGGUAAUAUGUGAACGAGUUAAUUUGCUUUAUUGAAACUCUAUUAUGCAUUGUUAGGGCAAGCUGCUGUGAAGAGAUGUAUUGUAUUUCAAGGCAAUCCUCUUACACAAUCCAAACCUGCGUUAAUCAGGGCAGUUUCACAUACACUCAACAAUGCGUGAUUCAAGUGCGCUUCAACCACCCAACCCUAGUUCAUCCAAUCAAUGACACAGUCCUGAUUUUUAGGACUGCAUGGCGUGUGCAAGCAAGAGUUGCAAUAUAUACUAUCACUGUUUUAAGAACCUCAUGAACUUGAAAACAUUGUGUUGCUGCUUAAAAAAAAGAUCAAGGGAGUGAUGCAUACUUCUAUGUAAACAUCACCAAAUUUCAUGUCGUCUAGUCCUGUCUGGCUGCAUUUUUUACAGAGACUUUGCCCGGUGAGUUCUAAAAUACUUUUCUCCCUUGUACGUUCGAUAGUGGGAAUGUUGUGCCUAAAUCCCCUUUUCUUCCCACUUAUGAUAGAAUAUUACUUACAAGGGUCAAACAGCAAGUGCUUGUCAAUUGUAACUUAUUUUUAACUCAAUUUGUUUACUGCUUUUGUGAGACACAGUGACUAAAGGAGGUGUCGAGACAGAGGUGAUCUAAGUGUAAAUCAAUAAGUGCUAGAAAAUUCCUUGAUCUCAUGAAACGUGUUCAAUAAAUAUUUUACACAUUCUA